AUGUCCACGCCCCCUCCUGUAUCAGAUCGCAGCCGGCUGGAAGAAAAACCAAAUGUAGAGAGCAACAGCGGCACGAUGCGACGAAUGCGAACCAGGGCACGGGCUAGCGAUGUCGCCCAUCCCGCGGCUUUCGAUGUAGACGCCGUCGACAGCGCCCUCUUGCGGGAACUGCAGCGCCCCCAGCGUGAAAGCACUAUCGAAGCAAGCCCUUCUCGCAAACGCCAGAGGAUCAACGUCGAUCGAUUCAUCCCGAAUCGCGCUGGCCAGGAUUUACAAGCCAGCUUUAGCCUUCUACAUGAAGAUGCUUCUCCAGCUACUCCCUCAAGACAUAAGAAGAGGACGCCACAAGGUGAACUUCACUUCCAGAAGACCGAGGAGGCUAAUCGCACAUUCUCAACGUUACUGCGUGCGGAGCUGUUUGAAGGAUCAGUGCCACAAGUCACUCCCUCUUUAUCACCAGACAGCAACCUGCCUGCUUCCUCACACAUCACUGCUCAGGAUGGCACACGAUCUCACACCCCUCCUAGCCACAGCUCUGCCCUAACUCUACCUUCCUCAUUGACCCCAUCAACCCCCCAUAAGAACCUCUUCUCAUACCUCUCGCCUCGUCAACACGGCCACCCUGUGGGCCAUCUCACCCCCUCAAAAACUCCCCAGAGUCGGCAUGGCCCGAAUCUGGACACGAGAGCAGAGAUCUACAGUUUAUCACCUGUGCGUCUUGGUAGCCAGCAGAUGCUCUUGAGCCCGCGCCGGCAACCUCGGGCAGUCAGCAAAGUCCCCUACAAAGUCCUCGAUGCCCCUGAGCUCGCAGACGAUUUCUACCUCAAUUUAGUUGACUGGGGAAGUGCAAAUGUUCUAGGGGUCGGGCUAGGGUCUAGCGUUUACAUGUGGAAUGCUCAGACCAGCAAGGUCAACAAGCUAUGUACCUUGGAGGAUGAUACCGUAACAAGCGUAUCAUGGAUACAAAAAGGCACACACCUCGCCAUCGGAACCGGAAAGGGCCUUGUCCAGAUUUGGGAUGCGGAAAAAGCUAGAAGAUUAAGAACCAUGACUGGACAUACAGCUCGCGUUGGAUCCUUGGCGUGGAAUUCGCAUAUUCUCACCUCUGGCUCUCGUGACCGGCUCAUUUACCACCGAGACGUCCGGGCACCAGACCAGUGGCUCAAAAAGCUUGUCGGCCAUAAGCAAGAGGUUUGUGGUCUGAAAUGGAAUUGUGAUGAUGGCCAGCUGGCCAGUGGUGGCAACGAUAACAAGCUCAUGGUCUGGGAUAAACUCUCAGACACACCUCUCUGGAAAUUCUCUGAACACAAUGCUGCCGUCAAGGCCAUUGCAUGGUCACCACACCAGCGAGGCCUGCUUGCUUCUGGCGGCGGUACAGCUGACCGCCGCAUCAUAUUCCACGACACCGUUAAAGGAACAGUUGUUAACGAAAUCGACACCGGAAGCCAAGUGUGCAAUCUCGCUUGGUCGAAAAACUCCAACGAGAUCGUCUCAACCCACGGUUAUAGCCAGAAUCAGAUUGUUGUGUGGAAGUACCCGUCCAUGACACAAGUGGCCAGCUUGACCGGACAUACAUACCGUGUUCUAUAUCUGGCAAUGAGCCCUGAUGGCCGCGUUAUCGUGACGGGAGCCGGCGACGAGACUCUGCGUUUCUGGUCCACAUUCGGUCGACGGCCAGGCAAUCGAGAAGAUGGUGAGACAGGAAGCGGUAAAUUCGCCGACUGGGGAAUCAUUCGAUAA